AUCUAAACGGAUCGGUCUUUUCCCAAUAUUCUGUAUCACAGAAUGACAGUGACCGAGUGGCAUAUUCCGCAUAUUCUUUCCGACAACCUGCUGCUAAUCUAAUGCCAACCGCAUAUCCAAUGCAAUUAGACAGUCAUGUAAUGAACAUGCCUACAGAAAUCUCAUCAUACUCUCCUAUCCAAACAAAUGUUCCAGUCGGGUCUACAUCGUAUUCUGCAAUGCGGCCAAAUGAUCACACAGGAUUAGACAAUCUCUCCCUGGCUGCAGAAUUAAUCUUGUCAUCAGCAGUCUCAUCUAAUGUUUCAAAAGAUCAGCAUAAUAGUCAGAAUACUCAUCCUUUAUCUAGCGCACGCGUUUUGUCUAAUACUCGCGAAGGUAUAUCUCAAAUAACGGAACAAUCUCAACCAGAUACUUCUAUGAGCAUGGGAAUAAAUACUCCUCAAAAAGAUUCGGAUGCUAUCAGACUACCAGAAGAUUUUUCCACUCCAAGCAUAAAUUGUAAAAACGAAACGCCUGUAACCGGUCGUACGUACUUAGUUCAUGAUCCCGAGAUUAAUGGGACAUCUGCUUCUUUAAGAAGUUUCAUGUCAGCGUCAGAAUCAAUAAAAACAAAUAAAGUCGACUUAAAGUGUGAGGGCACUCUGAAUGAACACGAUGAACAAUCAAUGCGAUCGUCGUCACCAGUAACGGAGAGUCAUGAAGAUGAACCUACGGUGAAUGAUGUUGAUUUAGAUGGAGAUUGUGAUUCGAUGGAUACAGACGAAAAUAUACAUGAAGGCGGUGAGGAAGGGGCAAAUAACAAUGAUGUUACUUCUUCUCAUGAAGAGUCUGAUGAUGCACCAAAUCCUUCACCUAAAAGACCAACUCCUCUAAAAAGA